CCGCGCGCCCCGCCCGCCGCCCGCCCCGGCCCCGCGCCUGCCGAGCCGCUCCCGCUGGGCGCCCCGACGGGGUCCGGCCGGGGGCGGGGGGCCGUGGCCGCCGAGGAUGGGGAAAUCCAACAGCAAGUUGAAGCCCGAAGUUGUGGAGGAGCUGACCAGGAAGACCUACUUUACCGAGAAGGAAGUCCAGCAGUGGUACAAAGGCUUCAUCAAGGACUGCCCCAGCGGGCAGCUGGAUGCUGCAGGCUUCCAGAAAAUCUACAAGCAGUUCUUCCCAUUUGGAGAUCCUACCAAGUUUGCCACGUUUGUUUUCAACGUGUUUGAUGAAAACAAGGACGGGCGGAUUGAGUUCUCCGAGUUCAUCCAGGCACUGUCGGUGACCUCAAGGGGAACCCUGGACGAGAAACUUCGGUGGGCCUUCAAGCUCUACGAUCUGGAUAACGACGGCUACAUCACCAGGAACGAGAUGCUGGACAUUGUGGACGCCAUUUACCAGAUGGUGGGGAAUACCGUGGAGCUCCCCGAGGAGGAGAACACCCCCGAGAAGAGGGUGGACCGGAUCUUCGCCAUGAUGGACAAGAUGCCUGGGAACCACUCACCUCCUCCGAGCCGUGAGGCCCCCUCCGCCCCAACACCGCCCUCCUGUGUCCACCCAGCCUUUCUCCGCAUCCACAGCCGGCCGGGCUGCCCUGGAACCGCGAGGCCCGGCUCGCCUCCCCCCUGCCCUGCACCCACCGCCGCCUGAAGCCACCGGCUCCAAUCGCCGACCACCUCUGCUUGUCCAGAAACCAACACGAAACGGAAAAGGCUCGAGCCUUCUGCAAAACCAAGGACUCGGCUGCUUCGCGGGCAGCCUCUGGGUCCCUCCCGCUCUCCUGUGCGUGUGCUUUUGUUUUUUAUUUCAAACAGACCUUGAAAAAGAAACAAAAAACAAAAAACAAAACUACCUUCUGUCCUAGAAGGUGCAGACUGACAGAUGGGGAGAAGGCUACCUUUGCGUUGAUCUCAGAGAACACUGCCUCCCGCCUCGGCCAUCCUUCGGCAGCCGGAGAGGCCACGGGGAGUCAGGGCCACGGCCACGGUGCGCUCGGGGUGGCGGGGGGUGGGGAGGGGGCCCGCCGGAUUACCGCUCUCUGUCGUUCCAUCCUCGAGCAGUGGAAACCCCCUGCGUGGCUAGGAUGAUUCAUGAUGAGAAUGGUUUUUUUGUGUGAUAACAGUAUUGUGCUUUUUGUGGGGAAAGUGAGUUUUUUUUAUACAUAUAGAAUUGAUAUCUUUUAUUUAUUGGUUGUUAACUGUUGCUGCUGCCUCGUGUGUCCAAAGCUCCCAGGGAUGCGGGGCCUACCGUUUACAUGUGCACGCCCUUGCCCCCCUGCCCACCUGUGCUUGGGAGGAUGGUGGCCGGCAGCGGCCAAGAAGCCAAAAAACUUUCUCUCUCUUUCUCUCUCUCUCUCUCUUUUUUUUUUUUCCAGAUACUGUGCUUGAUGUGUGGAGAGGGGGAAGGGUAGGUCUCUUAAAUGGCUGAUGCACUGUUCCCCCCCACCCCCAGCCCGAAUGCUUCCUCUUGAACCCCUUUUCUCUGCUUCCUGUCCGCGCUCCCCAUCCUGUGUCCUCCUCUGAGUCCACAGCAUCUUUUCUGAGGACGAACAGGGGACAUCUUUUGGUUUCGCAACUCUGGCUUUGGUGUUUGCCGCAGCAUGGGGCCUCGGAGCCGGCGGAGGAGGACUGGGUACCUUCGGGAAGGGGAGGAGGGCGCUCUUGGCAAGCGCAUGAGCAGAAGGAAGGGCUCCAUUUCCCUCCGCGGUGGAUAUUUUGAAAACUGUCACUUAGUUCUCUCCCACUUGCUUUUCUGCCUGCCUGCCUUGUCCAGGGGACCACAGAGCAUCCUCCUAACCUACCCUCUCUCAGCUCAGAUGCUGGGAGGGAGGGCAGGAGAGAAGGGCCGCAGGCAGUCCCCUUCAGCAGUGACCGCUCCUAGGGCCGGUGGCCCCCAUGUGCUCAUAGGAAGCUUCUAACCCCACCAGUCACUGAGACAGGAUAGCCCGAGAGCUGCCAUCAGGAAAGCCAGAUGACUUCAGGCCAGAGGCUGGAAGCCUGCGGCCGGCCCUGCUAUGUGACUGUGGGCAGCCCCAACCUCUCUGGGCCCCGGCUACCCGAGCUGCAAGGCCAGGAGGGCUUGGGCUGCUUGAUCUGGAAGGUCCUCCUCCAUGCCGACGCUGUAUAACUGUAAACCUGCGCUUUUUACGGUUUAUGAUUCUGCGGUCGUGGCUAAGUUUGCCAGAGUCCAGCAGACACGGGAACAGCCCGAGUCACUCUUUUGUCUCUUGGCACAAGUCUCUGCGGAUAUGGCAGUUGUGGUGUGUGGGGUUAGACGACCUACCUGGCUCUUUUUGCAGUUCUUCCUGGUCCCUCCUGGACUCUUGGUCUAGAACUUUUUGGCCGAGAACCUCAUCGAAGGAAGGCUUCUGGGAUGGGAAGCAGCCUCCCUCAGUCCAGAUCUGACUCUAGAAUUCCUGCUUCUUUGCAAAGUCAGCAGCCUGUCCUCUCCCUGCUUACCCCAGCCCCAGGAGAGGAAAAGCUGGCCCUUGGUUCUCACUUUGAAUUGUCCUUGGUCUUCACUUUGCACUUUCCCAGGAGGCCAGAGCGUCUGCUAAUUAACCCAGAGCACGGCUCUGCCAGUGCGGGGCUUGCAUGUCCGUUCCCGCGGGCCGGACCGCUCAGCUAGUCCCAGACUCCCUUUUUGCUCAGCAGAGCCCGUGGCUGUCCUCCACCUCCACUGGAAGCUCCCAGAUUCCACGGGUACCAGGACCGCUUUCAUUUUCACAGGCGACUUUGUAGGCGGGGUCCCUCCAGGCCCCCGUGGUCACCUUCCUGCUCAGGCCACUGGCUCAGAAGCCCGGGACUCCCCACCUGAUCCCAGCUCUGAUCUAGGAACCUAGGGCAGGAGAUUGACUUGCUGGCUUGGGGCUGGAGCUGGGGAGAGGGGGGCCCUUCCCCAUGUCACAUUUCUUCUCUGGCUCCUGCCUGAGCCUCGAUUUGCCUCUCUGGCCCAGUGGGGAGGAGCUGUCGAGUAGCCUGUGCUAGAGGCAUCAUCUCGGUAAGGGACUUGUAGCUCAGAAUUACCCAGGGUUACCCAUGUGGAGCCCCCCCAGCCCCCACCCCACCCCCCCAGACAUCCAUAGAGCAUCUGCCUAUGAGGCCUUCCUCCCACCUUCUUGCCCUCUGUCCUGGUUUGGAGCCAUGGGUGUGGCUUUUGGCCUUAACAGGUGUUCUGUGGACCCAUGGCUCAGGCGCACCUUGGGUCCAUGCCCUGGGACAGCCCGGAGCCCCUGGAAGGGCCAGCCUUCUUCCUGGUGGGGUGCUGGACACUGGCCAUUUGUGCCCUACGUUGCCGGGCAGGGACAGUUCUGUCCCCUUCUCUCACCACGCCUCUAGAUCUGGAAUCCUGAGCAGCUGUGGGCCUCUGUCCCCAGCAGCGAUUUCCACCCGAGGCCCAGGGCGGUCACAUGCUGCUCUCUGGGGAUUCCAGACCCACUGGUGGCCAGGCUCUCCGUCCCUCUGCUGACCCUAGCAGCGGCCCUGGCCUCUUCCUCACAGCGUCCCCUGCCCACUCUGUGUUGAUGGCACCGAGGCGAAUGCCAGAGUUCCUGGUAAUGUAACCAGGCAACAUUCUGAGUAACGUCUAGGAACACGUGUGUGUCCUCGUUCCCCUGAAAUGCUUUUCUGUUUGACAGCCAACUUCCUAGACGACAGGCACGCCUGGGCUUUCGGGAACCUGUCUUUCCUCUAAGGGUAAGAAGGUUGGGGGUGCCCUGGCCCCCCGGGAGAGGCAGCCUCUCCCUGGAGAAAAGCCCACUGCAAGCCCUACGCAAAGCUACCCGGUUCCCAGCGCAGCCCUGCCUCCGAGUCAGGGGAAUCCAAGGGGACGCAGGCGCGCCCCCUGGUGGCGGGGAGCUGCAAAGGCAUGUGAGCCCCCUCCUCCCCGCCCCCAACUGGCCAAACAGGAGCUUGGAGGGGGCCGGCUGCGUGGGAGCAGAGGAGGGGGCUUCGAUCUCACCUGGGCUCUGGGCUUCAGCCGAGUAUUAUCGGCAGCGUGUCUCCCAGAUGCCCCCUCUUCUAAGUCUCCCUCCCGGGGAUAGCAAGUUAAUUAGCAUAAGGGCACCGUGAUGGGAAGCCUUGCCCUCUACCCAUUUUUUUAAUAUCUGCGGAAUAAACCCAAUGGUUGAUUUUUGAAUGAAUAAAAGGCUUUUGUUGAAUAAACAGCUGGUCCCAUCUUCUGUCUUGGCAUCUAGGCUCAGGCUCUGUCUACUGCCCGGAACUGGGACAAACACAGAAUACCCUCCAGCCCUCCCUCCCCCCUCCCCCUUGUCCUGAAGCGUGUACAUUUCCGUUUUCCCCACGUCUUUGCAGGGGUCUUUGCAGGGGCCCGGGGCUCCACGGAGGGCCAUACGCUCCCGGUCUGACUCAGAGACCAGCUUUCUCUGAGACUCGGGGCAAGUGGCUCCUUGUUCAGUUCCUCUGUCCCUUGGAUGGGAGCAGGGGUCUGCUCAGCUCCCCCCCCCUCGCCCCAGGGGGCCAAGCAAGGAGUGGAGAGCGGGCACGAGCAUGGGGCUCAGAGCACCUUGCAGAGGUGGAAGGCCGUGGGGCGUCCUGGUGCCCCGACCUGGUGCCUGCAACUUUGUAAAGGAAUUUGGGCAACUCUUAACCAAAAAAAAAAAAAAAAAAAA